AUGUCCGGAGCUGACCCUUCGUCCGGACUUGUAGGACAUGUGGACAACGGAACUUUCCUGGAACUGUUUCCCACGUCCCUGUCCACUUCAGUGGACCCUUCCCCAGGCCACCUGUCCAACGUCUACAUCUACGUGUCUGUAUUCCUCAGCCUCUUAGCCUUUCUGCUUCUGUUUUUAAUCAUUGCCCUCCAGAGACUCAAGAACAUCAUUUCGUCCAGCGCCUCCUGCCCAGAGUAUCCCAGUGACGCUGGCAGCUCGUUCACCAACCUGGAGGUCUGCAGUAUUUCCUCUCAAAGGUCCACCUUCUCAGACCUUUCAACGUGA